GCGGACUCUCAACCACUGCGCCAUGAGGGAAGCCCUAUCCCGUAAUUCUUCAUACCAACUUCACUAGAUGGCGCAGUAGAGCGAGCGCUAGAUCAGGACCCUGAGUUGCUGGAGGGAGGAAAGCGAAGCCUGUGAACUAAUUAUACUAGUGAUUGAGAAAAGCAUUUGUGAAAGCACUUGCUCUGUUGCAAAUAAUCUGAAAUGGAUGAAUAAAGAGUGGGAGUGUCCCCAGUGGUCAGCAUUUUUGACAAGAUAGAAAGAUGGGAGAACAUUUGAAAAUAUGAGCACAAUUUGAACAAAUGCCUCUAAGGUGAGGUUGAUUGUGUUAUUACUAUUGGUGUUCACUAGGACACACACACACACACACACACACACACACACACACACACUGCCCUCCUCCCCCAACAGGAAUCCUUGUUUAUCAGUUUACUUCCUAAAGCUCAUCCUUCCCCCCCUUUUUUUUUUAUCUCUUUGAAAAUAUUUUCUUCCUGAUCUCAUCUCAGUUUUUGGCCAGUUUGUGGCUCUAGCUGUAAUCCCUUGGACUCUUUUGAUACACUUUUCUCCCAUCAGUAUUAUCAGUUUUAUUCAAGAAACAUUUUAACAGCCUGCUGUUCGUAAAGCCUUGCCUUAGAUGUCAGGUAUACAGAGCAGAGAAGUGAGCUAAUGACUGUGAGUAAGAAGACAUUGUGCUUGGCAUUUUGUCCACAUUAUACUGUUUAAUUCUUAUAGCAACCCUAUUGGACAGACAUUAUUUCCCCAUUUUACUGAUGAAGAAAUUAGGCUGAGAGGCUAAUUGGUGCAACAUCACACAGUCAGUAAAGGAGUUGGAAUGCAAACCCUAGUUUAACUCAAACUUAUUGUCUUCAGUAUUUUGCAAUAUCAAAAAUGAUUAAGAUGGCCACAAUGUUAAAAAUGUGCAUGAACCUUAUUUCUAGGCAGACUUAAAUAAUUGUUAGAAUGAAGUUCCAUGGGAAUGCCAAGAAGGGUUCAUUCCAUCUGGGAGAUCAAAGAAGGCUCAACCAAGAAGAUGGCUUUGAAAGUGGCCUUGAAGGAUGCAUAGGAUUUUAUUAAACAGGAAGUUGGAGCGUGAGAUGCAAACCUGGGGUGACUCCUGUGAGGCCAUGAGGAUAAGACCCAGUGAAAGAGGGCAGAGUCUCAGGAAUACUUCCAUUUGCAGGAGCGACCAGCAAAGGUGGGAGGUCCGCAACCAAGAUUCCAUGAUGCACUGGAGAGUCUGGCUUAGCGACAGGAAACAUCUGUAUGGAUUGUUUCAUUACAGCGCCACGAUGCUUGGACUUGAAUCGCUUCCAGAUCCCACAGAUACCUGGGAAAUUGUAGAGACCAUAGGUAAAGGCACCUAUGGUAAGGUCUACAAAGUAACUAACAAGAGAGAUGGGAGCCUGGCUGCAGUAAAAAUUCUAGAUCCAAUCAGUGAUAUGGAUGAGGAGAUUGAGGCAGAAUACAACAUUUUGCAGUUUCUUCCGAAUCACCCCAACGUUGUAAAGUUUUAUGGGAUGUUUUACAAAGCAGAUCACGGUGUGGGAGGACAGCUGUGGCUGGUCCUGGAGCUGUGUAAUGGGGGCUCCGUCACUGAGCUUGUCAAAGGUCUACUCAGGUGUGGCCAGCGGCUGGAUGAAGCAGUGAUCUCAUACAUCUUAUAUGGGGCCCUCUUGGGCCUUCAGCAUUUGCACAAUAACCGAAUCAUCCACCGUGAUGUCAAGGGGAAUAAUAUUCUUCUGACAACAGGAGGAGGAGUUAAGCUCGUUGACUUUGGCGUCUCAGCUCAACUCACCAGUACACGUCUGCGGAGAAACACAUCUGUCGGCACCCCAUUCUGGAUGGCCCCUGAGGUCAUUGCUUGUGAGCAGCAGUAUGACUCUUCCUAUGAUGCUCGCUGUGACGUCUGGUCCUUGGGGAUCACAGCUAUUGAACUGGGGGAUGGAGACCCUCCCCUCUUUGACAUGCAUCCUGUGAAAACGCUUUUUAAGAUUCCAAGAAAUCCUCCACCAACUUUACUUCAUCCGGAAAAAUGGUGUGAGGAAUUCAACCACUUCAUUUCACAGUGUCUUAUUAAGGAUUUUGAAAAGCGGCCUUCCGUCACACAUCUCCUCGACCACCCAUUUAUUAAGGGAGUCCACGGGAAGGUUUUGUUUCUGCAAAAACGGCUGGCCAAGGUCCUUCAAGACCAGAAGCAUCUAAAUCCUGUUGUUAAAACCAGGCAUGAAAGGAUGCAUACCAGAAGACCCUACCAUGUGGAAGAUGCUGAAAAAUACUGCCUUGAGGAUGAUUUGGUCAAUCUCGAGGUUCUGGAUGAGGAUACAAUUGUUCAUCAGUUGCAGAAGCGUUAUGCGGACCUACUGAUCUAUACAUAUGUUGGAGACAUCUUAAUUGCCUUAAACCCCUUCCAGAAUCUAAACAUCUACUCUCCACAGUUUUCCAGACUUUAUCAUGGAGUGAAACGUGCCUCAAAUCCCCCUCACAUAUUUGCAUCAGCAGAUGCUGCUUACCAAUGCAUGGUUACUUUCAACAGAGACCAGUGCAUUGUCAUCAGUGGAGAAAGUGGCUCUGGGAAGACGGAAAGCGCCCACCUGAUAGUUCAGCAUUUGACUUUCUUGGGAAAGGCAAAUAAUCAGACCUUGAGAGAGAAAAUUCUGCAAGUCAACUCUCUGGUGGAAGCCUUUGGAAAUGCAUGCACUGCCAUCAAUGACAAUUCCAGCCGUUUUGGAAAAUAUCUGGAAAUGAUGUUUACACCAACUGGAGCUGUGAUGGGGGCAAGAAUCUCUGAAUAUCUCCUUGAAAAAUCCAGAGUUAUAAAACAGGCAGCGGGAGAGAAAAAUUUUCACAUAUUUUACUAUAUUUAUGCUGGCCUUUAUCACCAAAAGACACUUUCUGAGUUCAGACUUCCUGAGGAAAAGCCUCCUAGGUACAUAGCUGAUGAAACUGGAAGGGUGAUGCACGACAUAACUUCCAAGGAGUCUUACAGAAGACAGUUUGAAGCAAUUCAGCAUUGCUUCAGGAUUAUAGGGUUCACUGACAAGGAGGUGCACUCGGUGUACAGAAUUUUGGCUGGGAUUUUGAAUAUUGGAAACAUUGAGUUUGCAGCGAUUUCCUCUCAACAUCAAACUGAUAAAAGUGAGGUGCCCAACGCAGAAGCCUUGGAAAAUGCUGCCUCGGUUCUCUGUAUCAGCCCUGAAGAGCUCCAGGAGGCCCUCACCUCACACUGCGUGGUCACCCGGGGUGAGACCAUCAUCCGUGCCAACACUGUCGACAGGGCCUUGGAUGUCCGAGAUGCCAUGUCCAAAGCCCUGUAUGGGAGGCUUUUCAGCUGGAUUGUAAAUCGCAUCAAUACACUCCUGCAGCCAGACAAAAACUUACGUACUUCAGACGGUGGUAUGAACGUGGGGAUCUUGGAUAUUUUUGGAUUCGAGAACUUUCAGAGAAAUUCAUUUGAGCAGCUCUGCAUAAACAUCGCCAAUGAGCAAAUCCAAUACUAUUUCAAUCAGCACGUUUUUGCUCUUGAGGAGAUGGAGUAUCAGAAUGAGGGCAUUGACGUGACACCCGUGGAGUACGAGGACAAUCGCCCCCUCUUGGAUAUGUUCCUCCAGAAGCCUCUGGGACUGCUUGCACUUCUGGAUGAGGAAAGUAGGUUUCCCCAAGCAACGGACCAGACCCUGGUUGAUAAAUUUGAAGAUAAUCUCCGAUGCAAAUACGUCUGGAGGCCCAAAGGAAUGGAGCUGUGCUUUGGCAUUCAGCACUUUGCUGGAAAGGUAUUAUAUGAUGCUUCUGGGGUUCUUGAGAAAAACAGAGACACUCUCCCUGCCGAUGUGGUUGUCGUACUGAGGACAUCGGAAAACCAGCUUCUUCAGCAACUCUUCUCAAUCCCUUUGACCAAAACAGGUAACUUGGCCCAGACAAGAGCCAGGAUAACAGCAGCCUCAAGAUCUUUGCCUCCGCAUUUCAGUGCUGGGAGACCCAAGGUGGACACUCUGGAGGUGAUACGGCAUCCGGAAGAAACCACCAACAUGAAGGGGCAGACCAUGGCUUCUUACUUCCGGUAUUCUCUGAUGGAUCUGCUCUCCAAAAUGGUGGUGGGACAGCCCCACUUUGUACGCUGCAUCAAGCCCAACGAUGACCGAGAGGCACUGAAGUUCACCCGAGACAGAGUGCGGGCCCAGCUCCGCUCCACAGGCAUCCUAGAGACGGUCAGCAUCCGCCAGCAGGGUUAUUCCCACCGUAUCCUCUUUGAAGAGUUUGUGAAAAGGUAUUAUUAUUUGGCAUUCAGAGCACAUCAAACACCUCUUGCUAGCAAAGAGAGCUGUGUCACUAUCUUGGAAAAGUCCAGAUUAGAUCACUGGCUGCUGGGAAAAACAAAGGUUUUUCUCAAGUAUUACCAUGUUGAGCAGUUAAAUUUGCUACUGCGGGAAGUCAUAGGCAGAGUGGCUGUGCUGCAGGCCUAUGUCAAGGGGUGGCUUGGAGCCAGGAGAUACAAAAGAGUCAGAGACAAGAGAGAGAAGGGGGCCGUUGCCAUCCAGUCAGCCUGGAGAGGAUAUGAUGCUCGGAGGAAAUUUAAGAAAAUAAGCAACAGAAGGAGAGAGUCUGCUGUUCAUAUUCAAGCAGGGAGCCCUUCAGACCAAAGCUGUGAUCUACACCCCACCGUUGCAGGGGGCACCAGGGGAACUGCCCAGGUUCAAGACUGCAGUGAGCCCGGCGACCACAAAGUUCUGAGGGGCUCUGUCGAUCGUAAAAGCAGUCCACAAGCAGAAUCCAGCAAUGGCCAUGCAGAAACUUCAAGCAACUCUCCUGCUAUCGUUGAGAAAGAUCGGCAUUCACAAGCCCAGAGUUCUUCAAAAGGGUGUGAUGUCUUCGCGGGACAUUCAAAUAAGCACUCAGUUUCUGGGACUGAGUCUGUGUCUUCUCAGACAUGCCAUGCUGCUCCAGAUCGCCCAGGACUGAGACCCUUGAGGGGAGCCCCUGCAAAAUCUGAUUCAGAAAAUGGUCUUGCACAGAAGCAGCGAACACCUCACCGAAGAUGUCAGCAGCCCAAAAUGUUGAGUAGUCCCGAGGACACCAUGUACUAUAACCAGUUAAAUGGAACUCUAGAAUAUCAAGGGAGCAAGAGGAAGCCAAGAAAACUUGGCCAAAUCAAAGUGCUUGAUGGGGAAGAUGACUAUUACAAAUCUCUGUCACCUGUGGGCUCUAUCCCCGAGGAGGACAGCUCAGCCCACCCUCUCUUUUUUUCUUCAUCCUCAAAGGGAGCAUCUUCUGCUCAGCACUGAGCUGUACUUCCUGCCCCCCAAGUCUGUUGAGGAAAAGAUGUCCUUAACAUCCUUCUUGCGGGGCGCCUUCAAGAUGGCAGAGGAGUAAGACAUGGA